CGUGGAAGCACCCCAAAUUAGAAGACACGUAUGUUCAACAGCGCGCUACCCUUUGUUCCCGUCACAAAGGACCAAAACUUUUAAAAGAGCAGAGCGAGCGGUGCCAAACGCAUUACUCGUUGUUGAGCCGCCCUUGAACACCAUGCAGACCGCCACAGAAUUAUGGUGCCAUCCACGCAUUAACCCGAGCAGCAUCCUUGAAUCCUCAACCGCACUUUACACCGAUCUUUCGUCUGAAGCACCCUAUUUCGUUAAGGCAAGGUCUCCAAUAACCAUCGUUUCACGUGUUUCACAUCAAAACGAGGGAAACACGCAACCACCAAUUCUGCUGCGCUCCCUGCUGACAUUUAUCGCCUGCUCAACGCACAAAUCAGAUCUGAGCACGAUCUUGCUUGUUACAGAGGUUGCCUAUCCCGUACACGCGCUGCUUCGUGCACUCGUAACAUCCGUUUUUAAAAAAAAUAUAAAAGAACGAAUGCCAGGAUUUACCAUGAAUUUAUUACGCAUUCUUCUCCUAGGUACUCCGGCAAUACUAUGCACAGGCGAGAGCGCCAAGACCAAUAAGUUGUUGUUUGGAUCAGGCAUGUAUGGCAACCCGUUAGAUCCACAAACACCUGCUGAGGCAGCCGCAACUGCCGCUUCCAGACGACCAUUUUAUCCCAUGGGCGGUAGGUUCGGAUACUGAG